AUGCAAUUCACGCUCCCCCUCCUACUCGCCCUCGCCGACACCGCCUUCGCCCACAAUUUCGUCGCCCACUUCCACAUCAACGGUAUCCCCGACCCCGUCUCCGCCGACCCCAUUCUCGACAUCAACAGCAGCGAUAUGGCAUGCAACGCCGACCGACCGCAACACCGCCCCCCCCCCCCCCCCGCCGACUACCCGCUCAAAGACGACCCCAUCCCCGCCGGCGUCACCGACGACUCCCACAAGGGGCCCUGCUCCGUCUACAUGAAGAAGGUCAGCGACUCGUCGACUGCCGAAGGCGAAGAUGACGGCUGGUUCAAGGUCUCUGAGGACGGCCUCGACUCCGCCGGUACCUUCUGCAGCGACCGCAUCCGCCUCGCAAACGCGCCGCAGCCAGGCAUCAUCCCGACCAACAUCGAGUCCGCUGACUAUCUCAUCCGCGCAAAGAUGACCACCCUCAACAACGCCGGCCCCACAAUCAUGCGCGGGUUUUAUACGGGAUGUGUCCAGAUCACGGUCGAGGGCAGCUCGGGCACAAACCCGGACACCGUCAGUAUCCCUGGCUACAUCUCGAUGAGCUCACCCGGCAUGAUAUACGAUAUCUGGAACUCUCCAUCGGGCACCUUCAGCGACUACACUGUCCCUGGCCCCCGCGCCGCUGGAGGACCUCGUUCCCUUCCAGGCUGGUGUUGCGCCUGCUACCGUUGGUGGCUCAAGCGGCCCUACCCCCUCCACUAA